AUGGGCCUCUUCACCACUCUCUCGGAGCCCUUCGAGCGACUUCUCGCCGCCCUCCCACUAUGGCAGGUGCUUUUGUUGGGAGGAACCGCCUUUCUCACGCUCGCUGUUGCGAUCAACAUAGUACAGCAACUUUUCUUCUACGAUCGAAAUGCGCCGCCUAUGGUCUUCCACACUGUGCCCAUCGUGGGCUCGGCCGUGUCGUAUGGCAUGGACCCGUUCAAGUUCUUCUUUGCCAACCACGAGAAGUACGGCGAUGUCUUCUCGUUCAUGCUCCUCGGACGCACGGUCACGGUCUGCUUGGGCACAAAAGGGAAUGAGUUCAUACUGAACGGGAAGUUGAAGGAUGUCAACGCGGAAGAGAUCUACACGCCCUUGACUACGCCCGUAUUCGGGUCUGAUGUGGUCUACGACUGCCCGAAUCAUAAGCUCAUGGAACAGAAGAAGUUCGUCAAACACGGCCUCACCACCGAGGCCUUCCGCAGCUACGUCUCCCUUAUCUCGGGCGAGGUGUUAGACUUCGUCGCCCACAACAAGAACUUCGCCGGCAAUGCCGGCACCGUCGACAUCACCAAAGCCAUGUCCGAACUCACCAUCUACACCGCCUCCCGCUCCCUACAAGGCCGCGAAGUGCGCGAAAAGUUCAACUCGACCUUCGCCGACCUUUACCACGACCUCGACAUGGGCUUCUCCCCCAUCAACUUCAUGCUCUCUUGGGCACCCCUCCCUCACAAUCGCGCCCGCGACCACGCCCAACGCACCAUGGCCAACCUGUACAUGGACAUCAUCAAAGAGCGGCGCUCCACCAACGGCGGCCAGCGCGUUUCCGGCGAGGAAGACAUGCUCUGGAACCUCAUGUCCUGCUCCUACAAAGAUGGCACCAAAGUCCCGGACAAGGAAGCUGCCCACAUGAUGAUCGCCCUUCUCAUGGCGGGACAGCACUCCUCCAGCAGCACCUCUGCUUGGAUCCUGCUCCGCCUCGCCACCCGUCCGGACAUUCAAGACGAGCUCCUCGCCGAACAGAAACAAAUCCUCGGCGAGAAUCUCCCACCCUUGACCUACGAGAACCUCUCGAAAUUGACACUCAACGCCAAAGUCGUCAAGGAAACUCUCCGCCUUCACGCGCCUAUCCACAGCAUCAUGCGUAAAGUCCAGAACCCACUCACCAUCAUCGCGGAAACGCCCAACUCCAACACCAAGGAAUACCUCAUCCCCACAACGCACACCCUCAUGUCUGCCCCCGGCUUCACUUCCCGCCAAGCAACCUACUUUCCCAACCCAUCGCUAUGGGAGCCGCACCGCUGGGACGAGGGCCACAAUCUCGCAUACACUCAAAUGGGCCAGGAAAAGGAAGAGAUGGAGGACUACGGAUACGGCAUGAUCAGCAAGGGUGCAUCGAGUCCGUACUUGCCCUUUGGGGCGGGCAGGCAUAGGUGUAUAGGCGAGCAAUUCGCGUACGUGCAGUUGGGGACUGUGUUGGCCAUGUUGAUGCGGUAUGUGCGGCUAGAAAACUUGGAGGGGAAGACCGGGGUUGUGGAUACGGAUUACUCGAGUCUCUUCAGCAGGCCAAUGGCACCAGCGAAAGUGAAGUUCGUGAGGAGGUCUGACGGAGCGGAGCUGCCCAAUGGCUUCACCAAGGCUUGA